AUGGCAUCCAAUUCCGUACUCGAGAAUCAGACAAAUUCAAACACAUCUGCUGCUGUUGGAAAGCCAAAGCAGGUUAAGCUCGUCUUGCUAGGUGAAUCAGCUGUUGGAAAAUCCAGUCUUGUUCAACGCUUUGUUAAUCGAGAAUAUGUCGAAAACAGAGAGCCCACCAUUGGAGCUGCCUUUUUGACUCAAAAGUGUACCUUUCAGGAUCGAACCAUUAAAUUUGAGAUUUGGGAUACAGCAGGUCAGGAACGCUUUCACUCAUUAGCACCCAUGUAUUAUCGAAACGCCCAAGCUGCCAUUGUUGUUUAUGAUAUCACUAAAUCGGCAACGCUUGACAAGGCAAAAUCUUGGGUAAAGGAAUUGCAAAGACAAGCCAACACAGACAUUGUCAUUGCCAUUGUUGGCAAUAAGCUCGAUCUAUGCAACGAGGAGGAGACAGAAGAGUCGAGUGAUAACGAGAGACAAGUACCAAAAGAAGAUGCACAAGCGUAUGCAGAUGAGGCAGGUCUUUUGUUCUUUGAGACCAGUGCUAAAUCGUCCAAAAAUGUGGAUUCCGUCUUUACCGCCAUUGCUAAAAAAAUCCCCUUGGAGAACACAUAUACACCUGGAAGCGGUAGAAACGCUGCUGGUGGUAGAAACAACUUGGAUGGAGUAAAUUUGAUGCAACAACCCUCUACUGGCAGCGCAGGUGCGUGUGCUUGUUAA